AUGUUAGUGAUAUGGAUUUGGUCAAAGUUUAAUAUGGUUAAAGAAGAGAGCAUAUUGGUAGUUAAAGAUGUAGGAAUACAAGUUAAGACUGUGUAUAUGGAUGGUAGAUGCGUGUCAAAAUUUAUUGAUAUUUCUAAAAUAUCAAAUAUCAUAAUAAAUGAAGGUAUAACAAUGUUACAAGUUAAAUUCUAUUUAGCAUUAGUCGUCGAAAAUCAGGAUAGAAUGGUGGUUGUAUUUGAGAAUCUAUUACCAAAGUUAUAUAUUCUUAAACAAGUUUAUAGAGGAAUUAGAUCUGUAAUAUCUAGUGAAAUUGAAGAAUAA